AUGGAUAGCGAUGACGAAAGGGAUAUAUUUGACAAGAUUAGGGGACUUGAGAAGGAUAAGGAAGACACAACGAUGACUUUAGAUAAUAUUUACUAUUUGAACACUGCAAUGUCAGACAAGAUUUCAAACAUCAAUAAUCAUAUAAAUAACCAGCAGAAGGUCGUUGAAACCUACUCCGCGAGCUCACCCCGACGUGUUGCAGUUCCCGUUUUGGUAAAAGAUGGAAAACCUUGCUCAGGAGGCAACACAAUUCAAUCACACUCACAGCAACAAGUCAGCAGUAUAAAUAAUGUGGGAUCAAAUGUCGUAAAUGGAAACAACUCCUUAUCAAGCACUAUAAAUCUUAUAAACGAAUCUGCAGGCUCCCACUCACCAGAUACAUCUUCAUCAAUACAUGCGUCGUAUAAUGGAACUGUAACUGGUACUAAUACGCAGAUGUUGCAACAGCCAUGUAAUAACACAAUUGUAUCUAAUAGCUUAGCAAUGGCUUACAGAAAUCAAAAUAAUUUUAUGUCGAAUGGACACCAACAGCAGUGUACUGGUUACUUGCCCUUGCAGGGAAGAGCGUGGUAAA